AUGAACCUGACGCCUGAUUUCAUUCACGAUGCAUGCACGGACGAGUCUCCGCUAUCAGCAGACCUCAACCUGGAGCUUGGAUCAAACGCCAGCUCGAUCUCGUCGUCCGAGUUCUCGUCCGACUCGGGAUCAGCAAAUAGGAGAUUGUCUCCAGAGCACAGGGUCGGCCCUGACGACGAGCACGAGAGUGAUCCGGACCUUUCAGAACUUUACACACUCGAGGACGUGUUCAAUUCGGCUCUGAUCAAAGAUCAACAGGGCUCAACAGGUGUUCUGGAGACUCUACAGGCGUUGGUGCAAGAAAGCCGCACAAAAAUCGAUAUUGAAAAUCUAGCCAAAAGGCUUACGGACGCAGACCCAGAAACCAAAGACAAGUUGCAGUUGGAAUUUGUCACGGUGUUGACCAUCAUCAAAUUGACCAAAGAGCUCAACAGUGUGCUGACUAGUCAAAUGAGUGAGCUUUCCUUCCAAAAAGCUGCCACUAUUUCAUUGGCUGCUAUGGGCUUGUUCAAGUAUCACUUCCAGCUAGAACAAACCCACCCAAAUUUUGGGUUCAAGAACUUUGGCUCUUUGCUGAGCCUUGAACAGUACAACCUUGUCAAACCGAUUUUGAAAACUCUUGUUCUGGCUCCAAAUUACAACUAUGCAGAGCAAGAGAUGAUCAAGCAACACUUCACCCUUUUCAUUGCUAUGCAUCUAAUGAACAAACAUAUGUUUGAUGCGCUCUUGUCUUCGUUUACUCAAAAAGACACUUACACCAUGUUCACGCACAUAUUUGCAGGAGAGUCGCAAACUCCCUUAACGGCCAGCGGAGGCCUACACUCUCUUUUUGAAAACUUCAAUCGUUGUGAAACUUUAGCGCAAAGCUCGCUGUGCGAAGACAAAGACUCGCGCACACUGUUUGGCAUUUUAUUUCCUCCCAACUAUCAGCGGGUUGCUACUCAAAGUGUCGAUGCAUUACUGAAAAUGCAUCAUCUUUGUGCCAAACCUGACAUGUCUUUUGGGAAGCUCAACGAGGUGUUGAAGCUCUAUCUGGAAAAUGGCAUAAACAGUGAGAUAGUCUCAUUGUACUCUUUGCACAGGCCAGCGCUGUUGAAGACCUUACACAAGAUCGUCGACUUGCAAUCAAAGAGCGUCACUAAUUUGCAAAAGGUGAGCUACUAUUUGCUGGCAAAUAUUAGCGAGUUUAUUAUCACCAAUGUUCCGCUAAUUAAUAUCGAUGAUCACGCUUUGCUCGUGAUCCUUUUGAACAUUAAUAACUCCAAUUACAAGGAAAGUUUGGGCAUCACAAAUGACUCUUACACGUACGAAGUCACAGAGACUACCAUAAAGAUGUUGUUUGAGAUUGUGGACCAAAACUUUAAGCUUGAUUACCCAAAGGAGUUGAACUUGCUAAGCUAUCUGAAAGUCAGCUUGAAGAACAUCGACUACAAUCUGAAUUCUUUCGAAUCCUUCUUGAAGAUUUCUGCGCUGUUAAACGACAUGGGAAGCAGAUUAUCAAUUCACGCACUGUUGGAGACUGUCCAGUUUGUUCUUUCAUCAAGCUUGAACAAGGAGCUUUUUGGUUUAGUUGGUCAAUCUGCAAAAAUUCCAGAGCUGCUCAAGCACCCAUUUGGAUUUGAGUACAUUCCUCCGUUAGGAAAAUCCAAUUUCAUUUUUGAGAACAAUCUCAACAUGGGUGACGAUUCGCUGAAAAAAGUUCGGGCACAAACAAAAUCAGCCUUCAAUUCACUUCAGUCUGGCACUCACCACAGAGUUAAGGGCACUAGGGUGUUGCAGGACUGUGUUCUUUUGUGUGCUAUUGUGAAGUCUAAAGUUUACAAUUUUUUGAGAGAGUUCAAUGAUGAACUUGGCUUGAUGAAAUUCUCAACGGAACAAAAAUCUGCUGUCAAAGACGACACGAUGAACAAGUUCAAGCAAAAAACGUUUACGCAACUGGCUCUGUUCAAGUCACAGCAUGGGUUGGAUUACAAGAUACUAAACAAGUCUGUUGAUCUGAACCUGGCAGCUACGCUCGGCAGCUUGAAAGUCUGCGGCAAUUUUGGCAGGUUCCCAGAAUUGGUGGACUCUUCGUCUUUAUACGACAGACCGUUUUGCAACAUUUUGUACCACUAUCAGCUUGACUCGCUUCUUAGUUACUUACUUGUUUACAAGGAGUUUGGGCUUUUUAGUCUGUUCAAGAUGAUGAAGACGGUUUUGCUUACUGACUUAACCUUGAUACCUAUUGCUUCAAAGAUGCUGUCAAACCUGGUUGGCUUUGAAAACUCGUCUAACAAGCCAAAGAUUCAGUACAUCACAAGCAUCAUUCACCAGAGCGAUGUUUUGUGCAAUCUUGUGAGACAAUUUGUGGAGCUUUUUGAUGAUGCACGCUCUAGCUCGUUCAGACAAUUACUCGAUUUCAUGAAAAUCCAUCCUUCUCCAAUCAAGCCCUCUAAGAUUCCGAAGGGCACUGUUGAGCUGGAUUUACGGCAUUUUCUUCUAUAUUUGGAGUCAAAGCCGGAGGAGCGCCAAGCUGUUUAA